AUGUCUGCCAAACCGACUUGUUUGAUAGUGUUGAGCGCCUCUCCACAAGGAGUUUCGGCGAAGUCUUGCCAGCAAUGCUUUAGUCUGUGCUCGUCGUUGUUUAAUCUCCAAACAGCCACCCCGGCGGGGAAGCCAAUAGAUUUUGUUGGGGUGGAUGAUGGCACUUCCAGAUGGGUACAGGACUUCAACCUGAAACCUUACGCCACUCCUGCCAAACUUGAAUCCAUUGAUGGUGCUCGUUACCAGUCUCUGCUCAUCCCGGACUGCCCGGGAGCACCCAACGACCUGGCACACAGCGGCUCCCUGCACCGAAUCCUCUCACACUUCAUCUCCCAGCAGAAGCCUGUGUGUGCCAUCGGGCAAGGAGUGUCAGCGCUGUGUUGUGCCACAGAGGGAAACAAGUGGAUCUUCAAUGGCUAUAGUUUGACAGGGCCGUCAGUGUUUGAACUGGUGCGGAGGCCGGACUUUGCCAACCUGCCAUUAAUCGUAGAAGACUUUGUGAAGGACAGCGGCGGCUCUUACACAGCGAGCCAAGAGGACACCGUGCAUGUUGUCAUUGACAGACACCUUAUAACUGGACAGAACACACAGUCGACCUGGCUCGCUCUCAACAAUCUAAUUCUGCUCUCUAACACCAAGGAAGCUUAG